UAUUCCGUUCUACACCCUUCUUGAAUUCCGGGAUUUCAAAACAGAAAUUAUGUGAAGUGCGAGUGCCUAGAAAUUUUUAAACAUUCGAUGGAAUAAUUCUGAGAUGGAAUCGCUUAAAUUGUGUCUGCUUGUUGGAAGCAUUUUUGCUUCUUGUGAAAGUGCUAAAGAUUAUUAUUUUGUGACUGCACCAAAUGUGAUAAGGUUUAAUCACCACGAGACAGUACUGGCCAAUAUAUUUGGCAACGGUAAAAACAUAAAAGUAUCGGUCUGGCUUGAGCAUAGGGGUACUAUAUUUUCCUUGCAAACUUUGACAGUUCCAAAUGAGAAAAACCCAGUGAACACAACUGUUAGAGUGACAGAGUCGGAUAUUUUUGACACUGUUAUAGAAGGAAAACCAAGGUUUAUUCACUUAUGCUCACGGCGAGGAGUCGAACACGAAAUAUGCAAUGAGAUAGUAAUCAGCUAUAAGACGGGCUAUCUGAUCGUACAGACGGACAAACCUAUAUACACACCACUACAGAAAGUGAAGAUAAGAGUUCUAGCUCUUGACGAGUCCUUAAAGAGGGUGUCUGGAAAUCAAUGGCAGAUAACCAUGGAUAUUGUCAGCCCAUCAAACCUGACUCUCGGCAGAAGAGUAUUUACAAACACAAAGUCCAGCGGAUUUUAUCAAAAUGCUUUUUCUUUACCGCCUUACCCGGAAAUUGGAACAUGGACAGCUCGUGCAUUCUAUGGUGGUCAGUAUGAAACAGUGGCAAGGUCUUUUUUUCAAAUUGAAGAAUACGUUUUGCCGACAUUUGGUGUGACCAUUGACGUGUCCCAGCCGUACAUUUUGUUGAAUCAAUCCAAGGAAAGCAAGAUUGACAUAACAGUUAUAGCUAAGUAUGUGUACGGGAAGCCGGUAGCAGGAAAGGCAAGAUUGUCUUUAAAUGUCACACACGAGAGUGGAGAGAAUAAAUAUCUUCUUGAUAUGAACCGAAAAGAUCUUGAACAGGGAAUAGCAGAAUUCAGUAUAAAGAUAGGUGAUAAUUUCGGGUCCGAGGAGGAAAAAAAGGAACUAUUUCCGGAUGGAAGUCGACUUUUAGUUAUCGCUACAGUGUUUGAAAGUGCGACAGGGAAAGAGGAAAGCACAUUUAACGAUGCGACAGUAUUUGCUAGACAAUUGUAUAUUUUCAAAUUUACUAGAUCUAAGCGAUACUUCCGACCAGGAAUGAAAUACUUUGCUAAGGUUGAUGUGUAUACUCCAGACGGUGCACCUGCAACCGGUGCGAAAAUCACAGUGGAAAGAAUUGCUAAAGAUGGUAGCUUUAUUGAAUCUAAGGAAGAAGACUUAAACAGCGACGGGAAAGCACUUGCUAUUUUUUCAACAUCAGAUAGUAAUCCUCUUAGAUUUAAAGUUAUUGGGCCACGUUCUGCACCCCGACAAGAAAGCGAGGUUUUUGAAGUUAUGGCAUAUGAAGACAAAAACCAAAUUCGGGUGGAGAUGGUAACGACAGACGAUGACAAAAUGUUAAUGAAUGCCUACUCAAAUUUGCAGCUAAAUAAGGUUGGUCCUAGUUACACUGGAAUGUUGUUUGUGAUUGUUACACGAGGUAAAAUUGUACGCGUGGUUUUCAAGAAACCUGGACUUGAAGUUUCCGAACAAAUUGAUGAAGCUUUGCAAGAACUAAUCAAUCCGACUGCAAGGUUGUUAGUGUUUUACGUUGAGGAACUGACGGACAAGGUUGUUGUAGACUCUAUCAAAAUUGACGUGGAUGCAAAGUGUAGAGGCAGCGGGCUAUCUUUAAAACCCCAACAAUAUACUUUGAUUCCCGGGUCAACGGAUAAACUUACAGUUACUGGGACACCUUUCUCUUGGGUUGGCCUUAAUGCUAUGGACAAAGCCUUGUUACUUCUCAAUGAUAAAAACGUGCUGAUGAAAAAUCAGAUGUUCGAUGCCCUGAGGUCACAUGAUCUUGGAUGUGGUGAAGGUAGUGGUAAAAAUAAUGGAGACGUUUUUAAGAAUGCAGGUCUUUCCAUAUUGACGAACGCCAUUAUCGACCCGGAUAUGUACCGUUCAGAAGAAGGCUGUGAAGAAAACUCUCGGAAAAAACGUGCAGCUGAAAACUGCAAUGGUGCAAAUGAAAGGUGUUGUGUAUAUGGUACAUGGUAUGCUGAGAAAGUUUUUAACGACACUGAAAAAGAUGAAAGAGCAAAAUUAGAUUCUUACACGUUGUGCUACUCUGCUGCAAAGAAAGCAUUUGAAACUAACAACUAUGCUAUCAAAUGUAUCCUGUCUAUCUUACAUUCUUGUACAGACGAGAUGGAGACUUUGAUUUCAAAAAUUACUCAACUUUCGUCAAGGUCAUUAGAAGACGUUAGUUAUUAUGCAAACGAUUUAAAGUACCUAGCCGAAAAAGGAGUCAGACCCCAUAAACGGACUGAUUUUAGGGAGUCAUUUUUGUUUGAAGAAGUGCAGUUAGAUACGAAUGGACAGACAAGUAAAGAGUAUGGUUACCCUGACUCCAUUACAGAGUGGAGGAUACAAGCUAUUGGAAUCACUGAGAACAUGGGGCUGUGCAUUGCUGAUCCAGUAGAUGUCACUGUGUUUAGAAAGUUCUUCAUACAACUAGACCUUCCAUACAAAGCAACCAGAUUUGAAUUAUUCGACGUAAAGGCCACACUUUUCAACUACGGAUUGGCAACUGAUAAACUCAAACAUGCAAACAUGUACUUGGAAGCAGUGGAAGGUUUGUGCUACGGAACAGCACCAGGUAAGCCCUCGCCAAGGAAAGAGAUUGAAGUCAGUCCAAACAGUGCAACUACUGUCCGAUUUCCAAUGAUACCACUUAAGGCGGGAAAAUUUUCGGUGAAAAUUACAGCCAUCGUCACUGACAUGGGAAUACCAGAUGUUGACAUAAUUGAGAAGGAUCUAUAUGUUGUAAAUGAGGGUAUUCAGGAAAUAAUAACGAUUCAAGUUUGUUUAGAUCCAAAAAAGCAAAGUGAAGACUGCGAAGAUGACGACAGAGUUCAAACAAGCAUUAAAUAUUCAAAUACUGAAUAUGCGGAGCAAACAUCCUCAGUUGACCUAUCACUACCAAAUAAAGCAAUACAAGGCACAGGUUCGGCCACGGCAUAUUUGCAAGCCAACGUCAUGGACAACGUAGUGCAGAACAUUCUUAGUGGUGCUGAAAGUUUAUUCCAAUGUCCACAUGGUUGUGGAGAGCAGACAAUUGGCACAACCGCUCCUAAUGUGUACGCCAUGAUGUAUUUGAAGCAAACAAAUCAGGUCACUGCAGCUUUUGAGGUCAUUGGCGAUACUAAUAUUCGAUAUGGUGUAAACAGAGAGAAGAGUUUGUUCCGGCAUUCGGACGGCUCCUACUCCUGCUGCAAUAAUGAUAUAUAUACUCGAUAUUACAGAGCAACAAGUGUUUGGUUAACAGCCUUUGUAGCUAAAGUAUUCUGUCAUGCAAAUACUGUCAUCGAUGAUCUGCUUGAUGUGAGAAUUGACAUUUAUCCGACCUUAGACUUUUUGAAAAAUCACAUGAACAGAAACGGGGAGUUUAGGGAGAUACAGGACACAAAUAAUGGUGCUUGGUUAAAGGGAGCUACAAAAGCGGGCAGUACACCUUCUCUCACUGCAUUUGUUUUGAUAAGUCUUUUGGAAUGUAAUUAUAUGCAGUCGAGCUUACAUCACACUAUUGGUCUUGCAACAAACUACUUGGAAGGUUUGGAUAAAACAUGGCUUAGAAACAGACCGUUUGAUCUUGCAAUAACUACUUAUGCCCUUGCUUUGGCUAAUAGCAAACAUACGUUGACUUUCAAGAAUUUGUUAGUCUCAAUUGAAAAGUCAAGGGGAAAAAAAAUUUACUGGGCAAGACAAGUGAACACUGCGGUAGAUGCUUAUGCUGUUGAAACGACGGCUUACGCUCUUUUGGCCAUGUUGAAGUUAAAUGACAUAGCGAAAGCAGGACACAUUGUACGAUGGCUGACAUCACAACAGGAUGCACGAGGUGUCUUUAAAAGUACACAGGACACUGUUGUUGGUCUGCAAGCACUUUCCCAGUACAGCAUCAGAACAUUCUCACCGGAUGUAGACCUGAAAGUGGCGUUUACUGCAAAUGAUUGGCACGGAUACGAGUUAUCUGUAAAAAAUGAAAGAUUUAAACUACAGAAAAUUGGUGACAAGUUGCCAGUUGAAAGAGGUGACAGUAAGCUUGGACUUUUGGUAACUGGGAAAUCUGGAAGUGGAAGAAUGAGAAUCGAACUUCGUUAUAACCGACCUGCAGAGGACGACGAAAUUUGUCCGUUUGAUAUAUCAGACAUUGAUGUUGGCGAUGUGUACAAGCUUCCAAAUGAUCGAAAUAUUGCCAAACUCGGGGAUUGUGACGUGUGCGGCAAGUGCAAUGCUAACCCUGCAGUUCCUGAUUAUGAUUUGCUGACAACAGAGGCUCCUGUUGAUGUUAAUAUAUCGUCAAACCUUGGGAGGAAAAAGAGGCAAGCUCAAGCAGCCGAUAUUGUUGAAAACAUGAAGUGUAUUCGAUUCAAUGUAAGAGCACUUCCGGGCAACCAGCAUGGUAUGUCGAUGAUAUAUUUCAACUUGGAAACUGGCGUUACAGUUAUAAAAGAAGAUAUGCAAAACAUAAUGAGAGAUAAUGACAAUAUUGAUGACUUUGAGAUGCCAACAAACGGAAACGGACUGGUUGUAUUUUAUCUCAACAGGCUGACAUCACAUAGAAAUGACUUUUUGUUUCGACUUGAGGAUAAUUUUGAAGGCGACAAACAGUCACGACAACCUGUAUCGGUGGAUGUGUUUGACUACUAUGAUCCAGAUAAAUAUUGUCGCAAGAUAUAUGGAACCGGUCCCAGCAAAGGUGUCGCCAUUGAUUACAAAUGUGACUCAAAGAACGAACAGUGUAGAUGUCUUAAAAGUGCCUGCUCAGUCUCAGUUGAUAAUGAGAUUUUGAACAUGAUGAGGAAAGGUCGAAAACCAGCUGUCAAGUUGCUACAGUAUACUUGUAACCCGAAUAAAGCAAACUUUGCCGAUAUCGUCAAAGUUAAAGAUGUAUGGGACGAUCCUAAUUCCAAAAAUAUUAGAGCAUUAACUGAAGUUACCGCUGGCAUACAUCCAGGGUCCGUUGAACAUAAGCAAGGCGACGAACUUGUGCUUUACUGGAAAUCAAGUUGUCCGUUUCCAAAGUUAGAGAAAGGUAAACAGUACCUUGUCAUCGCAAAAGACGGAUUUAGAGCACAAAAUGCAGCUGGGGACGACGAGUAUUUGUAUUCCGCUAUGGGUUCCACCUUAUUAAUCGAAUCAAAAGGAAAGAUAAAACUUGUUAUAAAUGCUUAUAGAAGGUGGAUGGAAAGGAAAGGGUGUUUAAAUAAAUAAAGCGUUAUAAGUCGACUCUCUGUUAGUAAAUGACAAAAAUGAUGAACUGUUUUUAUAAUUCUAAUAGUGUAUCCUAUGGUAGAUAUAAACAUGUACAUUGCAGAAGAUUCUCAAAUAAAUAUUAUUGAGAAUUGUA